UCAGUUGUCCACUGACAACUUUACAACAGCUAUCAUGCAACUGAUAAGUCUGGAAGCUGCCGUCAUACUUGGGAUUGUGAUUCCUCAGAUAUCCAGCAUCAGCAUUUCACCUCUACCCUCCGACUGUUUGGCUGCUGUGGAAACCUGCAUAUCAAAUCUAUGCAGGUGGAGCGAAGAGGCAUUUUACGGCGGCAUCUGUGAGGAUGAAGGGUGCCAAAUUAAAGGCUCAAAGGGCUGUAACUUGACCAUCCAGACCGUAAUGGACCAAUUACCCUCGCAGCGCGGGUGUGUAUGUGCCUGGGAGGAGGAGGAGCUAUGUGACUCUAUACAAGCGCUGGCCACACAAUGCCAAAAGAAGACAGCGGCUCAGCAGAGGCGGAGCACACUGAUGGACUGGCAGUCAAGCAGUUUAUUAGGCUAUGUACACUUUGGUUCUGCGUCCUGCUUGGACCAAAUGAGAGUUUGUCUCAGUGAUCCAGUUUGCAACAGGUACCUAGGACGUGUUCUUAAGGCGUGCAUGCCGCAACAGUGCGACUGCUGUCAGCUGAUGACUCAGCAGUUCUACGGCAGCAUGCCGCGCAAUGUGGCAGAGAUGCUGGCCAUGUGCGAGUGUGAGGCUUCAGAUCAGUCCUGCCUGGAUAUGAAAACCACUCUGCACAGCGGCACAUGUGGAGGCCGCACCUGGAUCUGCCAGGAUACAGUUAACUUGUGUGUUAAGAACAGGAACUGCAGAGAACUGUUAAAAACCUUCCGAGCCAAAUGCUGGAGCCCUGAAGAAGCACAAUGCAGUGACAGUGACUUCCAAAAUGAUGAAUGCAUCGCCCAGAUGGACCCAGCUCUCAUCCUUGGUGGAGAUCCUGAAUGUAAAAUUGCCUUCUUGGCCACUUUGGGCACAACACUUCACUUUCCUUGUGCAUGCGAAGGAUUGCACAAUGAGGAUCUGCUGACGUGCAACAGGAUUCAUGAAGUGCUUCAUAAUAGAUCACGCUUCAUGACAUCUCGGAAAAGCAGCAGUGGUUCGACUAAACCUCCUGAAAUCGAUGAAUCUGAGCAAAGUCACACACGGUCACACGAUUAUCUACUAUACACUUUUGCAACUGUGCUACUUUUUGGAGUUGUCAUAUUAAUGCCUCUGGCUGUUGUCAUUAAAAUAUGGCAAGAUGUUGAGAAGAGGAGACAAAACAAAGUUUCACCAUCCGCAGAAAAGCAGUUGUGUUGUUAUUCUCUGAUAUUUCACCUGACCAUCACGUCUGGACUGUGGGAGGAAGCUGCAGCAGAGGAAACCCACGCGGAUAUGGGAGAGAUCAUGACGACUGCCUCCUCAAGCUCUUUGGUACAUGAGAACAGCCCGAUCCUGGUGAUCAAUGAUCAAUUUUCUUUGUAA